GUGGUGUUAGUUACUCCAUCCUGCUCCGGCAAAUGUUCUAAUUUCAUCUCUUCACUUGGUAUUAUGUCUGACCUGACUCCCUGCCUUCUAUAUUCCCGGAAUUUCCACUCUCUUCCUUUGGUUGUCCAUCUGUUAUCUGUUUUAUGCAUGAGUUGGCCUGUCCAAGUCUAUUUUUUAUUCCUUACCAUCAUGAAAAUAUAUUCAACCUUUGUCAAUCUCUUUCCUCCAUGUUAUAAUCAGCAUUUUUCUCCGUUCCUCUCUGUACGCUUUUUAACUUCUGUUUUUCCUUUUUUUAGGCGCCAAGUUUGUUUUUUCUCUUCGUUCUUUUCCUGAAAAUGUGUUCACACACACACACACACACACACACACACACACACACACACACACACAUACACACAUUCAUUUAUCAUAUAAAAACUUAGUUUAUUCUUCACAAAAAGGCGACAUAUUGUGCUAUUUUUUUCUUGAACAAUACAGAUUUGCAUGUAAUAAGGAUGGGAUGUGGCACCACUUCUCCGAAAGCUUUGCCCUCCACAAGGAUAUAACAUGUCAUCUUUUAUGUAAAACUUAAUAUUAUUCAUUAGAUUAGAGCAAAUUAGUGUAGGAUCGUGUAUUUUAACUUCGUGUCAGUAAGAGCUUCUUUUUAGUACUUAUUUUUAGCAUAAUACAAGUUUUUUUCACGAGGUGGGUGAUAUAGUGAGUUAAUUAAACAAAUUGACUCUAUCGUUUUAGAUAUUGUCAAAGCUUUCGACAAAGUCCCGCACAAAAUACUGACAUUAAAAUUGAAAUACUACGGUAUUUGCAUCUGCAUUUCUUACUAACAGGACUCAACGUGUUCUUGACGAAUCUCCAUCUGACACUGUCUCUGUUUCUUCAGUUGUCCCACAAGGCAUUGUUCUAGGUCCUCCUCUUUUCUUCCUGUACAUUAAUGAUCUUCCACUCUCAACAUCUUACUCUUUCACUAGACUGUUGACGAUAGUUAACGUGCAGUGUGUCGCCAGCUUGAGCCGAUUUGAAUUUGGCGGCGCGGGGGCCGGGGCUGGCCAGCGAGCCGCCGCUCUCACCUGUGUGUGUCUGCAAACCAAAACAACAGGAUGGCCUCCCUCAUGGACCAGUUUACUUUGGAGUCAGUGAAGGAUUUCAUGGUGUCCCGCGGCGGGAGGGUCACCAACCACCAGCUUGUCAACCAGUUCAAGCCCUUCCUCACCAACCCGGCGGGCAAAGAAAUUGCCAGAAACAAGUUCAAGCAGUAUGUGAACACGCUGGCGAACAUCAGUAACGAGGGCGGCGAGAAGUACCUGGUGCUCAAGAGGAAGUACAGAGUCGGGACGCCACUCGACGAAAACUACGUCAGCCCUGUACAGUCACCCACCACGCCCGCCUUCGCCACCCCUCCCCAGUACAACAUCUAUGGCAGCCCACGACAUGGCUCACCCUUUUCCCCCACCAUACCCGCUCCCACACCCCCAGCGCCCCCCUUACCCUCGAGAGCCACACCCCCGUAUAGGGCCCCUCCCCCAUAUAGACCCCCGCCCCCCGCGACUCCCACCCAUCAAGGUUACAUGGCUCCAGACGACAUGACCCGAAGGUAUGACCCCUCCCCGCAGCAGUUUAACGGGCGGAGUGACCCGAGGUACCAGGGGGACGUGCCCAGGUACCCCCCGGUGUCUGAGCCGCGGUUCAACGAGGCGCGAUUCCCCUAUGAUGAGCCAGCUGAUCUUGGCAUCCCUCCCCCCCCACAGACGAUCCGAUCCGCCAGUUCUAUGUCCUCCCUCUCAAGUGGACACUCUUUUGGAGGAUCGUCGGCCCCGCAGUCCCCCGGUGCACCGUAUGGGGGGUAUGGCAACGCCCCACCCUUAACGCCCCUCUCAGCCUCCCGCCCCCGGUCCCUCUCCCUCCACCAAAUGUCUUCAACCUCCGAGGAUGGUGAUUCUCUGUCAGUGUCGGCUACAACGAUGUCCUCGGCCUCCACCCCGUCGUCCGAGGAGCCCCCGCCCCCCGUGCCGCCGCGCCGCAGACAGGUGGACAACAAGGAGAACAUGCGACCCGCCCCUGAUGGAGAGGAAGGUGCAAAGAUGGUGGCGGCGGGCGACGGGAGCAGCGAGGACGGCAGCGUGGCAGGCAACGGCGAGGAGCGAAAGGUUUCAGUGUCGGUCAGGGAGCAGACGCAAAAGUUCAACAAGUUAGCCUCCGAGUCCCAGCUGCCCAACGCCUCCUCCCGCGGCUCCUCCAAGAGUAACAGAAGCUCCAGGAGUGACCGGGAUGAUGACGACUCCACUUCCAUUCUUUCGUACGGGCCGGAGGGACAGGAGUGGCAGGUCGCCGCCGCCAAGAGUGACUUCAACGAAAUCCUGCGACUUCUCAAGACCCACCCGAGCCUCGCCCGACACAAGGUAUGUUGGUUACCAGUCCUGUUCUGGCACAUAGUUGGAGUAGAGGUGAGUGUCAGUUGUAGUAGUAGAAGUAGCAGCAGUGGUGGCCGAAGGCGCCUUGGUCCGCUCGGGGCAAGCCGGAUUGGUAUAAGGACGGCCCGCCCCGGCUCCACGCACUCACAACCGCCGCCGCUGCCGCCUCCUCUAUCGAUCAGGUUACAGGCCGCCGCUGCCGCUGCUGAGUCGGGCCGGCGCCGCCACACCAUUGCCUCUCCACUCCCAUGACACACCUCGAAAGAAAAAAAAAGCCUUACCUAAACUUUGACUUCUAGAACGAUUCAAGUAACUAUUAAUUUUAUUUUAAAUAGGAUUUACGUCCGCGAAUGAUAGAUUAUUAUUAGUCCAACUCUGAACAUGAUUUGCGGGUUGCUGGUGUUUGUGAUGUCGGGAGUUUUUUUAUUCAACAUUUUUUUUUAUUUCUGUGUCGCCGCUACCUGUGUGUGAAGGAAGGUGUGGCUCAGGG